GAGAGAAAAAUAUAAUGAAACUUUUUGUAAAUAGAAAAAAAGUCGUUUAUUUUUUUUAAAAAUUGGUUUAAUUUUUAAAAAGUAUCAGUGUUAUUGUGAAUUUGUAAUUUUUGCGAAACAAGAACAAAAAUCAACGUCAUAGCGAUAUCAACAGGUCAUUUAAAUUACUCAUAGAGUUAUAAAUGCACAAACACAAAUUGAGAUAACUGUGUAUGUUUUAAUACAUAAGAGAGUAGUCACACUCGUUAGUCUUAUUUAUUCUCCUAGGCGAGACUGUUGUUAAAAAUUUCUCUCAAUUUAAAAAUAAAUUUUUUGCAAAAGGUGAGUGAAAAUUUUCAAAUUAUCAGAUUUAUGGCUGAAAAAAGUGUUUUACAAAUAUAAACACUUGACACUUGAUAGUUACUUUAAGGUCUUCCACAAAACACGUGAAAAAAGCAAUGGAUCUACUACGAGAUUUGCCGAAAGGACCACUUGAAAUUUAUCGCAAACGAGCCACAUUUAAUUGGAAAUCGUUGAAAGUUAAUUUAUUAGGAAAAGAUUUAGUAACAUAUCAGCAAAAAUUGUGGAGAUUUAUGGAAACAAAUCCCGAAUUUCGAAGGCCUGUGAAAGCUUUAAGUUUGGACGAAGCUCGAAGAAGAUGUUACAGACAACUUAAUUCUUUAGUUGAAAAUGAUAUUUUGCCAAUUGAUCAUCCAGGCUGGUUUAAUUAUCUUUUUUAUUACGAUGCUUCAUUGCCAAUUGUUGCGGGAAUAACACAAGGAAUGGUCCCUUCAGUAAUAUUAUCACUUGGCUCAGAACGUCAUUGGGAUAUUUUAGAAAAUUUGCAACAGGGUAAAUUUAUGUGUUGCUUUGCUCUAACCGAAAUUGCUCACGGCACUAAUGUCAGAGGAAUGCAAACAAUCGCCAAAUACGAUGUAAAAACGCAAAAUUUUAUUUUUAACUCCCCGAAUUUUGAGUCCUCGAAAUGUUGGGCUGGAGCUUUAGGCAAAGCGUCAACUCACGCGAUAGUUUAUGCACAAUUAAUAACGCCCGAUAACGAAAAUCAUGGACUUCAUCCGUUCAUUAUUCAAAUUCGUGAUCCAAAGACGUAUUCACCGAUGCCAGGUGUCAUUGUUGGCGAUAUGGGGGAAAAAUUGGCAUUAAAUGGCGUUGACAAUGGAUUUAUAUUAUUUAAAAAUUACUCAGUGCCACGAGUUUCUCUACUCAAUAAAAAUGCCGAUGUUAACGAAAAUGGUCAAUAUGUGGCGCGAAUUAAAGAUCAAAGCAAACUAUUCGGAGCGUCAUUGGGAGCUCUGUCAACCGGAAGAGUGACAAUUACGAUGAUUUGUUCAAUGUACUUGACACUUGCAACUGUGAUUGCAAUUCGCUAUGUUGCCGUUAGAAAACAAUUUGGUCCCAAUUCAAAAGAAGAGUGGCCCGUGAUUGAAUAUCAAGUUCAGCAAGGACGACUAUUUCCUCAUUUGGCCGCAACCUACGCUUUGUCGACUUUUGCUCAUGUAUUUUCAAAAAUUUCAAGAGAUUUUCACAUAGAGAUGCUUACCUCAGAUGAUAAAAAUAUGAUAAGCGAGAAGGGAAUGGAAAUUCACGCUUUAUCAUCAGCAACGAAACCGCUUUGUGCUUGGACUGCUCGAGAUGCAAUUCAAGAUUGUCGGGAAGCUUGCGCUGGUCAUGGUUAUCUGAAAGUGUCUCGAUUGGGUGACAUUCGGUCAGAGAACGAUGCGAAUUGCACCUACGAGGGCGAAAAUAACGUUUUAAUUCAACAAACAAGUAAUUGGUUACUGAGUCAAUGGGGAAAUGUUCUACAAGGGAAACGUGUUCAAUCGCCACUUGGUUCCGCCGAUUUUCUCGAUGGAGCUCAAGAAAUUCUUUCGAUGAAAUUUCAAUGCACCUCAAUCGACCAGACUAUGCAGCUUGACAAUCUUCUCCUUGCUUUCAAAUGGUUGACCUGUUACUAUCUGAAGAAGACUUACGAAAAAGUACAAAUACUCAAAAACAACGGUAAUGGAAAUUUUGAAGCGAGAAACGAUUCCCAGACUUAUUUCGCACGAACCUUGAGUCUAAUUUACGCAGAGCAUGCAAUUGUCCAGAAUUUCUGUCAUCAAAUUAAAAAUGGAGAAUUUAAAAGUGAUGAGAAAUUGGUUUUGACAAAAUUGUGUUCACUUUACGCCGCUUGGUCACUCGAGAGAAGAUUGAGUGAUUUAUUUGCCGGUGGAUAUGCAACGUCUGAAUCGAAAAUUGAUAUUUUACUUCGCGAGGGAAUAAUAGCUGUUAGCAAGGAUCUAGUCAAGGAUGCUGUGUCUUUGGUUGACACUUUAGCUCCACCGGAUUUUAUUUUAAAUUCCCCACUCGGAAUGUCAGAUGGCGAGAUUUACAAACAUUUGGAGAAAGCCUUCAUGGAAAAUCCGGAAAAUCUCGAACGUCCCUCAUGGUGGCGGGAAAUAAGUCGAUCAAAAUUAUAAAAAUACCAGCUAAUAUUUUUAUAAACCUGUGAACAAAAUAAUGAAAUUGUAAAAUAUAUUUUUUCCACAUUUUUUUAUAUAUAUUUUUA